ACCCGCAGGCCCACGCCGCCGGGGCACAUGGGGCGAGGCCGCGCUGUUCCCGCCGGGCCGGGCCAACAACCUGUUUCGGCCCCGGACGCGGCCGGCAUCCGCGGCCGGCGCAUCCGCUUCUCCGGGCUGCGCGUAGGCGUGUGUUUACACACGGGCCCCGCGGCGCACGCACGUAGCGUCACGCGACGUCAGACGCUGUCCCGGAAGUUGGCGCGGGCCGGGCGGCGGGUGGAAGCCGGUGCCGGAGCGCGAAUUGCAGCGCCGUCGCCUUCACUGCCUGGGCCGGGGUCGCCAGCCCGCCCGCCCGUCCGCGAUGGGGACCGGGCCCUGAGCGCCCCGCCCGGCCUCCCUUUCCACAGCGACCCCGCCCGGCCGCGAUGGAGGCGCCUUCAGCGGGCCCCCUUCCCGCCGAGGGCGGCCCGCCGGUGGCCGUGGCCGAGGUGCGCUGCCCGGGCCCCGGGCCGCUGCGCCUGCUCGAGUGGAAGGUGGCGGCGGGCGCGGCCGUGCGUAUCGGCUCCGUGCUGGCCGUGUGUGAGGCCGCCGCUUCCGCGCCGCCCGCCGGUCCCGCCCCUGCCCGCGCUGGCUCCGGGGGCUGUGUGCGAGCUGAGCGAAGGCUGAGGUCCGAGCGCGCCGGCGUGGUGCGGGAGCUGUGCGCGCAGCCGGGCCAGGUGGUGGCCCCCGGGGCCGUCCUGGUGCGGUUGGAAGGCUGUAGCCACCCGGUUGUCAUGAAAGGCUUGUGUGCCGAGUGUGGCCAAGACCUGACCCAGUUGCAGAGUAAGAACGGGCAGCAGCAGGUGCCUCUGUCCACGGCCACAGUGUCCAUGGUGCACAGCGUCCCAGAGCUGAUGGUGAGCUCCGAGCAAGCCAAGGAGCUGGGAAGGCAAGACCAGCAGCGGCUACAUCGAAACAGAAAGCUGGUGCUCAUGGUCGACUUGGACCAGACGCUGAUCCACACGACAGAACAGUAUUGCCAGCAGAUGUCAAACAAAGGUAUCUUUCACUUCCAGCUGGGCCGCGGCGAGCCAAUGCUGCACACACGUGUGCGUCCGCACUGCAGGGAGUUCCUGGAGAAGAUCGCCAGGCUGUACGAGCUACACGUCUUCACGUUUGGGAGCCGGCUGUACGCUCACACCAUCGCAGGCUUUUUAGACCCUGAGAAGAAGCUUUUUUCUCAUCGAAUAUUAUCGAGGGAUGAAUGUAUUGACCCAUUUUCUAAAACAGGAAACCUUAGAAAUCUCUUUCCCUGUGGAGACUCGAUGGUGUGCAUUAUUGAUGACCGGGAAGAUGUCUGGAAGUUUGCCCCCAACCUGAUAACCGUGAAGAAAUACGUCUACUUCCAGGGCACAGGGGACAUCAAUGCUCCCUCUGGGUCACGGGAGUCCCAGGCGAGGAGGAGAGUGACUCAGUCUUCUAAAGCUGCCGACGUCGCGGAACACACUCCGUCCGUCAGGGAGACCGAGGAGGGACGGCAAAUCCCUGGGGUCGAGCAAAGUAACGGCCUUGGGAAGCCCACGAGGGAGCUCAACGGGGGUGUCUCCCCACGGGGGGGCUGGCCCCUGCCUGGGCAGGAGGAGGACAGAGGCGCCCGGCCCGCCACCCAUGGCCCCUUGGCUGAUGGCAGGGGACCCCCAGCAUGUGCUCAGCCGCACGGUCGGACAUCGCUGGAAAAGCGGCCCGCUCAGGGCACGGCAGGCGGUGACCUGGACUUUGACCUUUCCAGUGACAGCGAGUCGGACGCCCAGUCGUCCUCUGAAGGCGAAAGUGGGGAGAGGAAGGGCCUGGAAAGGCCUCAGGGCUCACGAGAUGCAGGGAAAGUGGCGCAGCGGGGAGGCCCUCCUGGUCCGGGAGGGGAGAGGCCUGCGGGAGCCAGUCCGUGUGGAGAGUCUGCCCCGGGCGAGCAUCUGGAUGUGCAGGAUGAGGACGAGCGGGACGGCCUCUGCGGGCUGGGCGGGGGCUCUGCGGACAGGAAGGAGGCCGAGACCGAGUCGCAGAACAGCGAGCAGUCGGGCAUCACGGCGGGCGAGUCCCUGGACCAGAGUGUGGAGGAGGAGGAGGAGGAGGAGGACACGGAUGAGGACGACCACCUGGUCUACCUGGAGGAGAUCCUCGCUCGGGUGCACUCUGAUUACUACGCCAAGUACGACCGCUACCUCCGCGGGGACAGCCAGGAACCCCCUGACAUACGCAAGAUCGUCCCUGAGCUCAAGAGUAGGGUGCUGGCAGACGUGGCCAUAAUAUUUAGCGGGCUGCACCCCACAAACUUCCCCAUCGAGAAGACGCGGGAGCAUUACCACGCCACAGCCCUUGGAGCCAAGAUCCUCACUCAGCUGGUGCUUGACCCCGACGACCCCGACAGGGCCACCCACCUGAUCGCUGCGAGGGCAGGCACAGAGAAGGUGCGCCAGGCCCAGGAAUGCGGGCAGCUGCACGUGGUCAACCCCGACUGGCUGUGGAGCUGCCUGGAGCGCUGGGACAGAGUGGAGGAGCAGCUGUUCCCGCUCAGGGCCGACUACGGCCGGGCCCAGAGGGAGGAUGGCCCCGCAGCCUUUCCCGACAGGCAGGGUGCACUUCCGACCGCCUUGUUCCACCCGACGCCCGUCCACCCCAGGGCCCAGUCUGGGCCGGAAGUUCGCAUCUACGAUGCCAACACGGGCAAGCUCAUCCGGAAAGGUGCUGUGGGCCCCGGGCCCCCCAGCUCCCUGGCGGUCCACACGGAGCACUCCUCCUUCAGAGUGGUUCAGCCGCCACCACAGAUGCUCGCUCAGGAGCUGCCGGACACCCGACGCGGAGAGCGGCCCGGCCCCGGCGGGAGGAAGCGACAGCCCAGCAUGUCAGAGACCAUGCCGCUGUACACGUUGUGUAAGGAGGACUUAGAGAGUAUGGACAAAGAGGUGGAUGACAUCCUAGGAGAGGGCAGUGAUGACAGCGACAGCGAGAAGAGGAGGCCGGAGGAGGAGGGGCCGCAGGAGCGGCCACUGCCCCGGGAGCCCCGGGCCACGCUCGAGGCCACAGCAUCCAGCGAGAGGAGCACAGCAGACAGCCGGGGGCCCAGGUUUCCCUGAACAUAGGCGUGUAUAUACAUACGUAUUUCUGUCCACGUUUCUUCAAGUUUUCUUUUGACUAAAUGGUGCUGCCACAGGUGUCCAGAUGCAGAGUUCAUCUCAACCCUGCCUCAGAAACGAACUCAGAGGCCGACUCACAACAGAUUGCGAAGAAAACCUAAGUAUUUGUGACCUCGGGUUACGUGGUCAGUUUUGUACUGAUAGUCCAAAGACCUCACCAUUCGGAGUGUGAGAAGCACAAAUCUGUGCGGCACACACCUGAGAAAUAGUUGCCGUCCGCGCUACGUAAAGAGCUCUCAGGACUGAACGCUCCAACAAAGCAGCUCGUAAAAUGGGGCAGGAGGUGGUCCACACCAUUCGCCCCCAGAGAGAGCUGGGGGGCGUGAGCCGCUGCACAUGGGGCCCCCAAACAGCCCCUUCUUCUGUGCGAAUGGGAGCCGGGCAUGAGGUCCGCGGGCGGGACCCCCUCAGCAGGCGUGGCCGCGGGCCCACCACGCGCCCGGCAUCGCACCCGGGAAGGGCACCUUGUGGCUCCUGUGCCCGAGUGCAUCCUGGUGCUGCCGGGCGUCCCACGCUCCGCCAACACCGUAACAGCCCGGAGCGGAAAACAGCAGCCACGCACGCGUGUCCCACGAACUGCAGCGGGCCAAGAGCCUUGAGGCCACGCCGCCCUCCAGGAGGCCAAGGGCAAAGGAAGCCUACGGCCUAAUGUUCAGGGUAAUUUCCCUGAAGCAUCCCUGUGCUCAGAAACCCUUUACACCGCUUUUGCUUGUAUGUUUUCCAGAGAUCUCCUAAGGGAGCAACCUUAGAUCUUAAUGGUCAGGUGCUGAUAAGAGAAACCCACCUUGCGCUUCAGUGUUGAGCCCAGCUUGUUUUCCGUAGCAGCGUAAACGUUUGUUUCCUUAGAAAAUAUUCAGCCGAUGGGAAAAUAAUAGUCGUUUAAACUUUGGACUGAACGUGUGGCACUGACAAAGUGCUCUGGUGGGUCGGGCGAGGGCACUGCCGCCCUGGCGGUCACACACGCGGUAGAGCCUGGGGCGCGAGGGACAGCCCAGGGGGCUGCUCUUUCUGGGUGUCCUUGCCGGCCUCCCGGCAGGCUCCUGGCACCUUGUCUGCCGCAGGCACAUCCUCCUCUUAGGCGGGACGGUGACCAAUCAGCAACGUGUCUUUUGUUGGUUCCAUCUGGUUUUGCUGGCGGUAUUUCUCUUAAAUAAAUUGUACGCCUUUCCUUCCACCAGCACCGUGGUCUCCGAUUUCCUGUACGCGUGUGGUUCUUUACGUUGUAUGUGUGCUGCAUGUGCCUCGGUAUAUACACGCGUGUGUGUGGUUGCCGUGUGUGUGUGUGUGUGUGUGUGUGUGUGUGCGCGUGUGUGCGCGUGCCAGAAAAUCUUCAGGGCCUGCCUGUGUCCCCACCGUCACAGCGCAAGAGACGGGGGGGCUGACCCGUGAGGCUCAGGUGCCCCUGUGUGAGGGGAGACCCAGGGCGGGCGCGUGGUCAGGCCAGUUUUCCUCGGCUUGGGGACACUGCUCGGGGCCAGCGGGCACCUCCUGGGGGAGUGCUGUGCUCGCCGCGGGCCCCGUGCUGCGGAAAUCUCGCGGGCACAGUCUGGUCCGAGUCCGCCAACUCUGUCCCAAGGACGGAGGCAGCCACCACCGUCGUGGCGUCAUUGGUCAUCAGGGUAAUUCCUCUUAAGCCGCCUAAGGAAAGUGGAGUUUUCAGGCUGGACCGGGUGACGGUUCUAUUUGGUCCCCUGGGAUGUGCCUUGGCUUUCGUGUCCGCAGAAUGGCAUUAGUAGUUCCCACGGCCGACCCAGCCUCUCCAGUCGUGCUUUGCACAUUUGCUCCCGUCUGGUUCUCCUCGGGGCCAAUCAGAGGUGACAGCGUCUGGAGCUCUGGGGAGAAGGCAUUUGCGAGGGCUCCCCGGGGGAGGGCGGGGGCGGACACGGACAGCAGGGGCACGCCCUCCAGGCCUCCCACCGGUCCGCACUCCUCUCCCCACGAGCCGUACGGUUACGGGUGCUCUGUCACCUCCUCCGUGACUCCAUGACUAUCGCUGCCAGGCCACCUCUGGAUGCGGGGGCCUGGCGGCAUGGGAACGGACAGAGCGUGUCC